AUCAGUAUUGCAUCAGCAGAGUUUAGUUCUUCAAACCAACAGGCGGUCUGAUCUAUUAACGCAUCAGUGAGAUGGCUGAAAACGCAACUGACGGGGAAUUACCUCAAAAACGUGUAGGAUCUAAAGAAAAGCAAAAUGGAAAUUCGACAGACUCUUCAGUCAAAGAGAGAAAGCAGCAGGAGAGAGAUGAGCGUCUCUCUCUUGUGCUGUGGAGGAGACCGCUUACAACUAUACAGUAUUUCUGUCUAGAAACUCUCAUUACCUUAAAGGACUGGACGUUUAAGUUGUGGAGGAGAAGGGGCACAGUCUUUUUGGCCUUACUGCUUUUUUCACUUUUUUCAUUGGCCUACUCAAUAGAGGGAGCACAUCAGAAGUACAUACAGUACUUGGAGAAGAAGUUCCUUUGGUGUGCCUACUGGGUAGGCUUGGGUAUUUUGUCCUCAGUAGGUCUUGGCACAGGCCUGCACACUUUUCUGUUGUACCUGGGUCCACACAUAGCUUCUGUCACCUUGGCUGCGUACGAGUGUGGCUCAGUGAACUUCCCCGAGCCUCCGUACCCGGACCAGAUCGUGUGUCCGGAGGACGAGGUGGUAAAGAGCAGCAUUUCUCUUUGGGCCAUCAUGUCGAAAGUCCGCCUAGAAGCCUGCAUGUGGGGUGCAGGCACAGCGAUUGGGGAGCUGCCUCCUUACUUCAUGGCUCGGGCAGCCCGUCUCUCCGGGGCGGAGCCAGAUGAUGAAGACUACGAAGAAUUUGAGGAGAUGCUGGAACAAGCACAGAGUGCACAGGAUUUUGCCACAAGAGCAAAGCUAGCUGUACAAAAUUUGGUCCAGAAAGUCGGAUUCUUUGGAAUUCUAGCCUGCGCCUCUAUCCCUAACCCAUUGUUUGACCUGGCUGGAAUUACAUGUGGCCACUUUUUGGUUCCUUUCUGGACCUUCUUCGGAGCCACACUUAUAGGAAAGGCAGUUAUCAAAAUGCACAUCCAGAAACUGUUUGUUAUUAUAACGUUCAGCAAGCACAUAGUGGAACAGAUGGUGUCUCUGAUUGGAGCUAUUCCAGGGGUUGGGCCUUCCCUUCAGAAGCCUUUCAGUGAAUACCUGGAGGCCCAAAGGACUAAACUCCAUCACCGAGCUGGAGAAAGCUCACCUGCGGGCGAGAACUGGCUGUCCUGGGUGUUUGAGAAAGUGGUACUCGUCAUGGUCUGCUAUUUUAUUAUUUCUAUCGUAAACUCCAUGGCUCAGAGCUACGCCAAGCGGCUCCAGCAGAAGAAGUAUUCAGAGGGGAAAACCAAGUGAUAGACUCACAGUUAUCCAUCUCAUGCUCCCAGUGUGGAAGCUAAAAAAGAGAAAAAAGGCAUCUAAGCUGAACAGGCACUAAUUUAUUUGUGCUUCUAUAUAAAUAUAUAUAUAUAUAUAUGUAUUGUUAUGUUGGUUCCUUAAGUUGUUGUUGUCCCUCUCUCAUAUGUCUGUGGUGUGUUUGGCUAUUAAAAUCUGAUGUUAUAACAAUGUCAUUUUUACCUUUACAGAGACUAAGCAGUCUUAACAAAGGCUGUGAGCAGUAAUAUUUGUUGCAAUGCCUUAUGCAACACGGAGGGUCAUGCUUCCAUUGAAGUGAAUAUGAUUCUUAAUCACAUGAUUUAUGAAUGGUUUAUUUAAUUUCUAUGGUAUGGGUGAACUGAAUCGAAUGGUUGUCAUUUCCUGUUCAUAUUACGAUGCAAGGGUGUUUUCAGGGAUACAACUUAUCUCUCUUUUUAAAGAAAAAAAAACGAUCAGAUGUCAUUUUGUGUUAAUCUAAGAAAAUAGCAAUAUCAAAGUAUCUAUGUGGUUACUCGAUAGUUUGCACAUCCUGUAAAUAAUAUUUGUGUUUUACAUACACAAAUACACAUGUAUUUCUUAAUGUCUGGAGAGUACUAAACCAAAAUGUAACAGAAAGGAUGUUCUUUGUAACUGUACAUGACAUUACGAUUAACCUUGCAUUUUUUAAUCCGCACGUGUAGAUUUGAAACAUUUGAUCAAACCAUAAAACGU